GAGACUUUGUGUUUCGCUCUUCCCCCCGAGUCCCCUCCUCGGAAGUAGACGUAUCAGUCUAUAUUCCGUUCUUUUAUUUUUAUAUAUUUUAUAUACAACAACCCCCUUUUAUCCCGAAUAACGAUGGACGACUAAAGUGAAGUGCGGGUACCCGUUUUCACCCUUUUCUCUCGUCCUUGAACCGAGUGGACCGGAUGAAACCCAACUGUGGUCUUCUCCGCUUCGCAGGGGAGGUAGCUGUAUCCAGUGGGGAGGUAGGCUCAGCCCAGGGAGGACACGAUGAAGUUCACCGAACCCUGGGGACGCCAGAGGUUGUCUUUUCUUUUGGAAAAGGCCGCCUCUAGGGAAGCCAAGAUGUGGAAGGUCUACGUGCCAAAGAAGCCUUCCUCACAGGAUACAGACAUCUCCCCGGCCCAGCGGGACGAGGCGGUGCGCUGGCUGACGGAGCUCCAUGGCAGGCUGCAGCUGUACCCAGAGACGCUGGUGUUAGCUGUCAGCAUCCUGGAUCGCUUUCUCGCUCCCAUCAAGGCCCGUCCAAAGUACCUGCGCUGCAUUGCCAUCGCCUGCUUCUUCCUGGCUGCCAAGACCUGUGAGGAGGAUGAGUGUGUGCCAUCACUGAAGGAGCUCGCUGCCUCCAGCGGGUGCGGCUGUUCUCCCUCAGAGAUCCUGAGGAUGGAGAGGAUCAUCUUGGACAAACUGAACUGGGACCUGCACACCGCCACUGCGCUGGACUUCCUGCACAUUUUCCACGCGAUGGUGCUGUCGUGUCGCUCCGGGUUCUUGGACUCCAUGUUGGGACUUAACCGCUCUCAGCACCUCGCCCUGCUCACUCAGCGACUCUACCACUGUCUGGCUGACCACACACUCAUGCAGCUCAGAGGAUCCAUGCUGGCCUUGGCCCUCUUCACCCUGGAGCUGGAGAACUGCUGUCCAGACUGGCUGGCUCUCACUAUCGAGCUGCUGAGGAAGGCGCAGAUCGACAGCUCUGAGCUGAUUCGCAGCCGUGAGCUGGUGGCUCGUAGUCUUUCCACACUGAGAGCUUCCCUGCCUCCGAACACCGUGUACAUCUACCAGCCCCCGCAGCCUACACCACCCUGCUGCACACUGGGGACCAUCACCUCCACCACCGAGUCUUCCAGGGACCACGUCACCUCUGCCCAGCCACAGUCUACUGCUGGUGGUGGGGAAGAGGAGGACAGCCAGCAGCCUUUGAGUGCCAUCUCCUCCUCUGCAGACGGCAGCAUCCCAGCCCUGCUUUCUCCCCCCAAACACCUCCACCAUCUUAAUCACCUGCAGAAAGUCACACUGCGCUGCAAGGCCUCCACCAAACGCAAGGUGGAGGAGAUGGAGGUGGAUGACUUUUACGAUGGCAUUAAACGUCUCUACAACGAAGACGUCACCACCACCAAUACCACCGCCGUCCAGGAGGGGGCGAUAACGCCAAUAGCCGGAGGAGGAGGAGGGGUUCUGCCAGCUCGACAGGAAGGCAGCUCCUCCCCCUGCCCGCCUCUGCAGCCAGCCAGCGCCUCCUAGAGACCAAACAGGAAGCCGUCUACCAAAACCGCCUUGACGCCAACAUCAUCUUCCUGUUUUCAGGAAACUGUCGUGGAAGAAAAAAAUGAAUCUUUCCGACUUUAAAAAAUUUAAGCAUGAGAGAUUCCGAGUAAAAAGCAGCAGCUCCGAGAGGAAAGUUGCCCGUCACAGUUGCCGCUAAAAAGAAGAUGAUGUUGGUGGUUAAGACUGUUUUGGUUGCGGUGAAACGACCCCCGUCCCGCUCCCCCCCCCCAACUCGGUGUGAUGCUGAGCUGUUCGUGUGGCCUGCAGUCAGCUCCCAUCAUCCCCUGCAGCGGGGACAACAGAGCCCAAAAAAAUAUUUAAACGUUCAAAAACUAAAAAACCUGCCGCUGCUACUCUGUUCUUAUUAAUUCUAUUUGUUGAACACAAAUAUGAGAAAAAUCAUCUAAAAAAUUAUAAGUAGAAAAUACUGAAAAAAACCUAGACUUGACUUCCUGCAUCUGUUUGUCACCUUAUAUUUGUCUUUAUUUUCAUAUAUUUAUACUUCUAUCCCGUCCCUCCUCAAUCUGCCUAUUUAUAACAUAUUCAUAGAGAGUCUGAAUCAAACGUAUGAAGGUUUGUGUAGAUUAUCUGUAGUUUUCACCCUGUUGGGGGGAAAAAUGUUUUUUGGUUUUUUUUGUUUGUUUUUAGUAAAAUCUGAUUGUUAAAAAGAUGCUGAUAUAAACAUUUACUUUCCUUUCAAGCUUGUUGUGACGCUCAACUGAAUGAACGCGUUUCGCCCACCAAAGGUUCAUUUACUAUUUGUUUUGGGGCCCGAAAAGCAGCUAUUUGUGGAUUGUGUGCUUUGAAAAAGUAAGAAAACAAUCUGGCUGUGAGGCAUGAGAGUUAAUAAAAAAGAAAACAACUCUGACUUAACUAAUCCUGGCUAACAUGAUGUUAUCCAGCUACAUUUAUCCCCAAUCCUGAGUUGUGCUUUUUGGUUAAGCGGCUGCUUAAAAUUAAUAGACAGAAAUAUGUGUUUUAAGCUGUUUUUUCUAUGGAGUUGAGUGACUAUCUUCACUUUGAUGUUCAAAGCUAAAACACUCUGUUUUGUUUGUUUUUUUUAAAAUUCCUUCAUGUUCAGUAUAUUUUCCUUCAUGAAAAAAGCUCUGUUGUUCCUGCUGUAGGAGUUGCCGGUGGCCAUGCCAGGUCCCCGAACGCACCACGGCACCAGUAAAUAAAGAAUAUGAAACUGA